AUGAAUGUUCAAGACACUGGGAACUGGGCGGCAUGGCAGAUGGAGGCGAAGGCGGCUCGGUUCGAGGUGAAGGAGGCCCCUAUGUGGACGCCGGGUGAGGGAGAGGUGUUGGUUAGGAACCGGGCGGUGGCAGUGAACCCUGUGGAUAUUGCUGUUCAAACGUUAGAUUUCUUCUCCUUCAAGUACCCGACAAUUCUAGGACACGACUUAGCAGGGGAGGUGGUUGAAGUGGGUCCGGGUGUUACAUUGUACAAGAAGGGAGAUAGGGUUCUGGGUCAGGCCAUUGGUAUGAUGACGAGGGAGAAUAAGCAUGACGCCUUUCAAUUAUUCACCGUGGUACCCGAGAAUCUUGUUACAGGGUUGCCAGAUGAGCUCAGUUUUGAAGAAGCUUCAGUUCUUCCUUUGGGCUUCGCAACGGCGGCAGCAGGAUUAUUCCAGGACGAUUUCUUGAAGUUGCAGUACCCCACUGUUCCUGCGCAGCGAUCCAAGAACGAAACUGUACUUAUCUGGGGGGGCUCGUCUUCAGUAGGUAGUAACGCAGUCCAGCUCGCAGUUGCCGCGGGUUAUGAAGUAAUCAGCACCGCGUCGCCACACAAUUUCGAGUAUGUCAAGAAUCUUGGAGCUGCCCAGGUCUUAGACUACAAGAGUCCGACCAUAGUGGAGGAUCUCGUAAAAAUACUCAAGAACAAAACCUUUGCCGGGACCAUGGAGUGCAUUGGAGGAGAUACUGCUACACCAGUAUGCAUGGACGUAGUCCGGCAGCUGAACGGCGUCAAGUUUGUGGCACUCACACGCGGAGACCCUUCCCAAUACCCGGACAUACCUUGCAAACAUGUCUGGGCAUCUACUAUCAAGGAUAACCAAGUCGGCAAGGCAGUCUGUAACGAUUUCUUACCGGAAGCACUCAAGAAAGGCACCUUCCUAGCGGCUCCCAAACCGUCCAUCGUUGGGCACGGUCUGGAUGAAAUUCAGAACGCCGUUUCUCUCUACGCGAAAGGCGGCCUUUCAGCCAAGAAACUUGUCGUCACCCUCUAA